AUGGGGAUGGAUCUCAACCCAGUAUUUGUGUCGAGUCUGUCGACAACGUCAGUGGGGGACACCAUACUUCUCAUUCUUGCCUUGUGUUUCCAUUCGGUUUUUGAGGGUAUUGCUGUUGGAGUAGCAGAUCAGUUUGCUAGCUACUUAGUUUUGACUGUUUUCCAUGUGCAUUCGGCUGUUGGAGUAGCAGGCGAAUGCAUGGAGAAACCUGUGGACAAUCAAUAUCCUUGUAACUCAACAGCGUCUUACUCUUUCGCAUUUGCCAUUUCAAGCCCUGUGGGAGUGGGAAUAGGCAUCGCCAUUGACCCCACGAUUCAAGGCCGUACAGCUGAUUGGAUUAAUGCCAUCUCAAUGGGACAUGCCUGUGGUGUUUUUCGUCUAUGUUGCCGUUAA